AUGAGAUUCUGUCACUAUUGUAUUUUGUACUUGUGGAAUCAAGCCGUCGCGCUCGCCCCAUAUGUCAUUACUGCUGUUAGUUUUAGAGAUCAAGUUUCAGAUAUCGAAAACAACAAGGCUGUUGCGGGUCUUAAGUUUGUGAAGAAAGAUGGCAUGAUUCACAUUCAAAUCGUAGAAAGUGAAGUUCUACCUCACGGUCAAUUUGAAAAUGAAGUGUGGAAGCCAUUAGAAGAAUUUACUUACAAAUGAAACAACUAAAAAAUACUACGUCUUGAAAAAUAAUGAGUCCCAAAUUCCACUUGAGUUGGGAGUUGAUUAUACUCGUCCAGAUGCAAUGAACUUGAACGAUGUGAUGGCACCAGAACAGCAUGUCAUCACAGGAGUCCGAUGGCGCGUGAUUCGCCGGAGAUUCUCUUGAAUUUCCCAAGCGAAAGCAAGGUCCAAUUGAAUUACAAGUUCGAGUAACACCUCUUGAUUUUACGAGAGGAAAAUUAAUUAAUCUCGAUCAAUUAUCAUGGAUAACUCCUAAAGAACAAUCUCUCAAAGAUGAAUUGAUAUUAGAAAAUCCAGAUAAUCCUAUAUAUGCGAGUC